AUGGAGGAUGAAAAGCUGAGGACGAUACUUCAUACGGAAGAUGAAAUGAAGAAGAAGGGCACGAAUGUGAAUGAAGACGAUGAGGAGAUGAUCACGUCGGAGAUGGAGGAUAACAACGAUGAUGAUGAAAAGAUGUUUACGGAGAAGAGUAAAUCAAUCAUUCCUACAAAUGAUCAGAUAGAGAAGGAGAAGAUUGAAUCAUUCAAUCCUACAAAUGAGAUAGAGGAAGAGGAGGAAGAGGAGAAGAAUGAAUCUGUUAUCCAGAUUCAUACCGACUCAAAUAAUAACGGUGACGAUGAUCCGACUGAAGAUGUCAUAAAUCAGAAUAUUAGCACUCUUCUAAACAAGUUCCUAUGCUGUUUCGGAUUUAAUUUCAUUUUCCCUCUUUCGAAUAACAGCAACCUUUUGAACAACACCCACAGCAGAUGGUUUAAGUUCUUUUGGAAGACGUUCAUAACUAUUUUAGUGAUGUACACUGCAAUAAUUGAAACAUUUCAACUCGGUUUUAUGGAUAAACCGAAAGGUUUCUUUCUAUUGGUUGAUAGAUUGGGUGAUAUCGUAACACUUCUAACGGUCCAUUUAGAAUCAUGCAUUUAUUUCCGUCUUGCAGCCCAUUACAUGGAUCCAUCUAAAACAUGGAUCGGAGCCAUAGAUAGGAACUUUCAAGAAAAAAGUUUGGUUAGAAAAUACAUCAUUUCGGUGUAUUUGUCUAUCACAACAAUUACAACGGUUGGAUACGGGGAUUUGCAUGCUAUAAACCAGUGGAAAAUGCUAUUAGGCAGUUUAUACAUGCUUAUUAACAUGAUCUUAACUGUGUAUAUACUCGGUAAUUUAAGCAAUAUCUUCGUUCAUAAUGAACAAGACGUUGAAUACUUUAGACAUAUUGUAAUGGGUUCGUCUGAUUUGGCACGUAAUAACAAGUUGUCCAAAUCUCUACAUGAUAGGAUAAUGAGGCAGGUAUGGCACAACUUUAAAAAUGGUGCUGUUGAUGAACAAACGAAAAAUCAGCUUCCAAAAUCCAUUAGAUCCAGCCUUUCAGUCUUUCUUUAUAAUAAUCUAUUCCGGGAAGUCUAUUUAUUUGAAGGAGUAUCUGACAACCUCGUCUCACAAUUGGUUUGUAAGAUGAAAAUGGAAUUUUUUCCAGCAAACGAAUAUGUGAUAAAUCACUACGAUUCAUCGUAUAUGUAUGUUUUGAUUGAUGGAGGGAUGGAUCUUUUUGACAUUAAAGACAAUCUGGAGAAAAAUUUAGGGGCCGGUAAAAUUUGUGGUGAGAUCAAUAUGGUAUGUUCGGGAUUGCAUUACAUAGCUGCUAAGACAACGGAGUCCACCAAAUUAUUGCGAAUACACAGGUCCAAAUUUUUCGACAUAAUUAAAGCUAAUAUCGAUGAUGGCCCAAUAAUACUUAACAAUCUGAUCAAGCAUUUAAGAGGAACAAAUGUGGCAGCAUCAAACAAAAUUGAAGAAAAGUUAGACUGCGGACGUUUGGAGUUGCCUCUUCCGGUCUACUUUGCUGCCGAAAGAGGAUGUGUGCCUUUAGUUUAUAAAUUACUUCGAGAAAAUGGUGAUCCAGAUCAUGUAGAUUCUAAUGGUAGAACAGCUUUGCAUUUUGCAGCCGCCAAGGCAAAUGUUAUUAUGGUAAAGAUUUUGUUAAAAUACAAUGCUUAUCCUAACUUUAGAGAUGUUGAUGGUAUAGUUCCGCUUUGGAAUGCAUUGAAGACAGCUUCUAAUGAGUGUAUUAAAGCACUGGAAAGAGAUGGUGGAGAUUUAUGCCAAGGGGAUAUGGCUCGUUUCGUUUUUGAUGCGGUUCAAAGGAAGGAUGGAGAGACGAUGCUAAGUAAAGUUGUAUAUUAUGGUGGAGAUCUAACACUCCGUGACGAAAGUGGAGACACGCCUCUUCACGUUGCUAUUAGAAAAAGAAAUUGCAGCGUUGUUAAUUAUUUAAUGAAUCAAGGGGUAGAUGUUCACGCUUUGGACAAACAAGGACUGAGUUGUAUUAGUUUAGCUAAUCAACUCAAUGACAUAGGCAUCCUAAACAUUUGUCGUGGUAAAUUUGAAACAUGGACUAAAGACGAGCCUAGAGCUGGAAAUGAAAGCACAUCGUCGCUUGCGGAACAGAGCUGA